AUGAAAGUCAUUUUCCUUGCUAUUCUUACCUUCUUCGUUGCGUUGAUCGCGGCCCAAAAGGAAGCUUUCUAUGUCACUUCUCCCUUGAAGGGCAGCAAAUUCAAGCCUGGUGAUGUGUAUAAAAUCUAUUCGCUGGGUCAAGCCAAGGACAACCAAAGGAGGUCCAAGUUGAUGGCAAAUCUCCAUCAUCAUGCUACCACUUUCUGUUUCUUGGUGUUUACAGUCUGUUUCCUGUUCGUCCGAUCUCCUACCUGUCCCUGGGAAGCACUUGACGCUUUAUCCGCUCCUGUCCAAGUCCCUCUUCAAUAUCUGACAUCAUAAUUUAUUCGCAUGGUGUUACCUGCUUUCUUCUCCAUCCCACUUUUUUUUUAUUACUGCUUGUCAAUUUCUUUUCGUUGAUAAUGGGUAACGAGUAGCAACGCAAACUG